GCUGCAUAACAUAUUGCAGAAUUUCUUCUCGAAGAGUUGCAUAUACAGUUUGAGCAAGGAAACUGUACGGGGGGACAGUGCAGGAUCUAUACCGAGGCGCUUUCCGGCAACACUAAUCCCCAACACUUUUAAGACAGGAUCUGGGAAUUCCGGCAGGCACAAGCUGCAUUGCUUGAAAUCUUCCUUUUAUCUCCGCAUCAUUACCAAAUUGCAGAAGCGUAUGUGUUCCAUUUUUUGCAGUCCGCGAUGGCAGGCAGUAAGAGAAGCGCAUGUUGGUUUCGUAAACUAGUUGCCUAGGAUGAACGUGAGGAUCCCGGGAUCCUCAUGUCCAUUUAUCGUAGUUUUUGUUUCAUGUUUAAUUUUAAAUAAAAGUAUUUAAAAUGAUUUCUACCUGCACGAUGUACGAUGAAUGAACACGAUUUGAGCAUCUUCAGAAUCCUUACAAAGAGAAUCCGCUCAUUCCUCUGCCAUUAACUGUGAACUGUUGUCUUAUGUACACGUGUUGUGCAAACAUAGGAGCUUAAAAACCCAACCCGCCAUUAACCGGCCCAAUUUCCUCCAACCCAGACCUUUGCAGUUCCCCAACUGUAUUAACCAACUAGGUGAAAUCUGAACCCGCCAAAACAAUGGCGGGAGUAGCGUGUUACGGUUGCACUGCAACUGCAACUCUACGGCUUCCUCCGCUCCCGCAGUCGAAGGGAAUCCGCGGCAUCCGGUGCUCCUCCGCCGCACCGGAUAACAACAGCAACAAGAGAGAAACCCCGCAGGUUUUGAAAAUCGCUGUGAGCGGAGUCACUGAGCUGCUCAGGCUCCUCUCCUCCUCCAACAAAGCAUCCAGAUUAAAUGGAGUGAGUGACAAAGAAAGCGAUGAGUUUUCAGUUUCCGGCAUUGAUGAUGUUGUAACGAUUCUCCAAUCUGAUUUCGAGAAUGCGUAUUUUGUAACAGGGAUUUUCACUUCUGCAAUUUAUACUGAAGAUUGUGUCUUUGAAGAUCCAACUAUUAGAUUUCGAGGUAAGGACUUGUAUUCUCGCAACUUGAAAUUGCUUGUUCCUUUCUUUGACUCUCCGUCAAUUGGAUUAGAAAAGAUCGAGAAGGGUAUCGAUUCUGAAGCAAAUUUUGUACUUGCAACAUGGAAGCUCAGGACAUACCUAAAACUUCCAUGGAGGCCUCUCAUUUGCAUCGAUGGAAGUACGGUCUAUGACUUAGACGAUAAGUUUAAAAUUGUAAGGCACGCUGAAAGUUGGAAUGUCUCUGCAAUUGAGGCAAUUGGCCAGCUGUUCACGCCUACGUAUGGAAGAUCCAAUGACUGAACACAUUGUUGACAUUCGAUUCUGUAGUUCUGAAUUGGCAGACACCAACGUUGUUUGAAGCCCUAUAUCUCGGCGAAACUUAAAAGUAUGAUUAGAUUCUUAUUCUUUUGAUAGUAUUAGACCUUACUUUUACUUGGUACAUAUUGUUUUUGGUAUUUCUUUGACUUGUCCCCCAAUGUAACGACGUAGGGGGAUCCAUGUAGACAUAGUACCUAUUUAUACACUCGAACGACCCCUAUCAUGUUCUGUAUGUGGACUUUUGCAGAAGCAGAAAUUUACAGUUGCGUAUUAUUUACGUCAACCGAAAUUCUGUCUAGUUCUGUACAGACCUUUCUAAUGCUAAUAUAUACUGGAUGACAUGUGAUUUGGUUGC